CAUCAGCAUCUGUGACUCUUGAUCAUCUGGCAGGAAUGAUGCCUCAGCCUUGAGGCACUGCUGGUCUCCCACGCAUCUUGUUGCCUUUCCUUUGGCCCCUGCAGCUUGUGGAAGAGGACGGAAACAGGAUUAGAAUCUGCUGGUGGGGCAGGGAGUGGUGCUGCUGCUCCCUAGCCUCCAGGAGGACGCCCAAGUGCGGCCUUGCCACAGAGACAGCUUCCACUUGUUCGUAGAUAAGAGAGGCAAGAGCAUCAGCUGCAGCCCCAAUACUGGGUUGGAGAAAGAUCCUCCAGUGAGCCCCAACGACAAACUGCACCCUCCCCUCACACCGCUCAUAUCUUCAUAGGAGGAGAAAAGGCUGCUUCAAUGAUGUCAACAGAAUGUGUUCAGCCACUUGAUAUCCCAGAUGACAGACUGGACAAGCAAAAUUCACAGUGUAACCAUUUAGAAGAUCUUUCAGAGCAGCUGAUUAAGAGCUGUGACCUCAAAAAUAAACCAAGAAAAGGUAAAAUUCUCACAGCCUCUCAGAAGACUGAACAGGAGCAAAAGAAGCCAAAGAGAAAAGAUACACCUGCUUUGCAUACUCCACCACCUCUAACAUGCAUAGUUUCAGACUCAUCUGAAAAUCUGCUGAAAAGGUAUGGUAUCCCAGAGAAGUCACAGAGAGAGAGAGUGUCUCCAGUCUCUCAAAUCACUGGACGGGAGCAGAAAAAGCCCAGAAGAAAAGAUACACCUGCAAUACACAUCCCACCUUUGAUAAUGGGCACUAAGCUAUUUACAGAAGAAGAACAAACAGUGAUUAUGGAAGAUGAAGAAAAGGAUGGAGACACUAUCCACAGUUAGAUUACAAUGAUAUUUCAAUAAUACAAUGUAAAUAAUCAUGGGUCAUUCAAAGUGGCAGCACAUUAAAAAAGACCUUUCACCUUUAUAAAUAAUUUUCUCAGUUGUACACUUGAAUUUAAACUACCACCAAGUGCUUAUCUGCUUAUCUGCAUCUCAUAAUUCCCAGCAAGCAUUAUUGGACAUGAAUAGCAGAAAUUUCAGUUACACAGGGUUUGAAGGAUUCUGUCGGUUUACUAGAAGGGGCUUCCUAGCAUUUUUGUCAAGAAGGAAUCCACCUCAGAUCAGAUCUAGUUUUGUGCGGUGCGGUACUCACACAGUACCCGGCACUAGAAGUGGUAACGCAGAGUAGUAAAACAUCAGCUAGUGAUUCAAAUUGCUUUUUUUGCCUGACACUUGACCUAAUUUGUUCAGCUUUCAUUUCCUGGAAUAACACUGACCACAGUGAAAAUUCCCAAGUGCAGACUUGAUGGGAUAGAUGAAGAAGGUGAGAGGGUCAGGAUUCAAUUCUAGAGUCUCUGAAAGCAAAGCAAAUAUUUCCUCUGCCUGUAUCUGCUCAUGACUUGUGUCUGUAAAGAGGAAAAGAUAAAUUUACUUUAGAAUUAAAAUUACACCUAAGGGCUCUCAGCGUUGACAGAUACAUCAAACAGGAUGGAGAGCAGAGAUCUCAGAGGAGAAACACUAGGGAAGUGCAAUGCCAGCUGGUAAUUGUCUCCACUGGAUUGCUGAAAGAUAAAAUUGUGGGAUAGCUGAUGCUUUUGCUCCAAAUAAUUUAUUUUCACAUCUGCUUUUUAAAUUGAAUCCUAGGUAAUCAGUUAGGAGAGGUUUUAAAAAUUCAAAAUCACAGCAGGAAGGUAAAAA